GGACAGUGGGGCCCUCAAAUAGUGCUCAAAUAGUAGUUAAGAGACGGUUUAAGAGACGGUAUAGAGACAGCGUUGUGGAUGGCCUAACGUGGCCAUAGAUGUUUUGAGAAAAUGUGAUGCAGGUGUUGGGGCGAUGAAGGUUUUGAAAGUGAAGGAAGAACCAUAUAUGGGUUUCGGAGACGAGAAGAAAGGUCAAGGCUGUGAUGAAAAAUCACUGGUUUUGGUGGCGAAAGUUGAAGAAGAGGCUAGACACGAGCCAAGUUCGGUGAUGGCUGCGAUUAGAGUGAAGGAGGAGGCGGAGGCAGAGUCGGAAGUAACUGUAACGAGCCGGUUGAGACCGGAGUGAGAAGUGAAGCAGUUGGUCAGUCUUCAGCCGCUUAGUGCGAGAAAAUUGUCCGAUGACGAAUAUAGAAAGAUGCAGCCGGGAUGUGAUGGCCACACGGCUAUAAAGGCGAGGACGCAGGAGAAUGCAUUGAGUUCUGUGGUGAUUGAGGAUGGUGAUUUUCCGGAGGAGCUGGGGUGGUUGCUGGUUGGGAGGACGGUGAUCACUGGGCUGUCAACGACAAAGGGCAGGAAAUUGGAGAAUAAUGAGAUUGUGCAUUUUAUGUUUCCUGGACCUACCACAAAAAAUAAGCUUAGCACCCAUUUUUUGAGUUCAAAGGCUGCUCAUGCCGUCUCCAGCAAUGUUCGUUUCUCGACAAAGAGAUAUGGAGAGAUUGGUCGUUUGCCAAUGGAAUGGGCAAAGUGCCUUAUUCCACUUGUAAAUUCAUCAAAGGUGAAAGUUCUUGACCGUUGCGUUGCUGCUCCAGUUAAUCUUUGCAUGAUGCAAGCGAUAAUGUUGUAUGUGAGCUUUUAUAUUCAUGAAUCCGUCUUUUUGGAAGUUGAUAAAUCGUGGAAGCUUGAGGCUACAAACAUUGACACCACCAUUUAUCCCCUCUUGAAGUUGUUUCAACUUCUAAAAGUCAGGCCAUUUCAAAAGGCACAGUUCACGCCAGAAGAACUUGACUCCAGAAAGCGCUUACUACAAUUAGAUGAAAACACGAACAGCAUUUACCACAGAGUAGAAUGGCACCGUGUGGUUCUAGAUGAGGCACAUACAAUCAAAUCAUCAAAGACUAUAGCUGCUAAGGCUGCAUUUGCAUUGACCUCAUAUUGCCGCUGGUGUCUUACUGGCACUCCACUUCAGAACAAUCUGGAAGACUUGUUCAUCCUAUUGUGCUUCUUGCAUGUCGAAUCAUGGUGGAACAAGCUGAUUCAGAAGCCUUAUGAUAAUGCACGAGAAGGACCAGUUCCAGAGCCUCCAUCAGACUGCGACUGGAGGAACCUCCUUGUCAGUUUGUUCAAGUCUGCAUAUGCUUCUAUACGCAGCUCGGGUUCUGGUGAAAAGAGCAUAGUAUUCAGCCAGAGGACUUCGUUCUUGGAUCUCUUGGAAAUCCCAUUCAAGAGGAAGAAUAUCAGAUUCUUGAGGUCUGAUGGCAAGUUGGCGCAGAAACAACGAGCAAAGGUCCUCCAUGAGUUUGCUGAGACUGCUGAAAAAACAGUACUGUUGAUGUCGCUUAAAGCAGGUGGUGUGGGUCUGAAUCUGACCGCAGCUUCUAAUGUAUUCCUAAUGGAUCCAUGGUGGAAUCCCGCAGUAGAGGAGCAAGCAAUCAUGCGAAUUCACCGGAUUGGCCAAAAGCUGACUGUUCGUGUUAGAAGAUUCAUCGUCAAGGACACUGUGGAGCAGAGAUUGCAGCAAGUUCAAGCAAGAAAGCAACGGAUGAUUGCCGGAGCACUGACCGAUGAAGAAGUCCGAUCAGCCAGGAUUGAGGAACUUAAGAUGCUCUUUAGAUAGAUUUAGUUUAGUCAUAUUUGUGUAUCCCUGUAGUUCCUCCAUUAAGUUAGUUCUGGAUAUUUGAGGGAAACAUGUGAUUUUGUAGAGGGUACACAAUUUCUCUAGCAUGUUUUGUAUAGCAUCUAUCUAUCGAAUUUAAUGUUAGUAUCAUCAUCAA